AGAUCGAAGAGGAGAUGGCCAGGGAGAAGGAGAGGCUAAUAAAAGAAGAGGAAGAGAAGUUGAAAACGGUAGAAGAGGAAGAGGAAGACCCGCCAGUGCAGAAGAGUAGUGGACAGCAUAGCGGCAGUCCUGGUGGGGAGCUGGAAAAAAGGAUAUCCGAAUGGGUGGCUAAUCUGACUGUGGGAGAGGAAGAAGAAGUUAGCAUGUAUAUUCCGCAGGAUCAGCAAGAAGCCGCCAUGGGAGAGGAAGAAGAAGUUAGCAUGUAUAUUCCGCAGGAUCAGCAAGAAGCCGCCAUGAGGGCUUGGGAUGCAAAGAAAGACCUCCUUAGACGCCAGGCGUUGGAAGAUGAGAAAAGGAUGGAGUGGAAGUUAGCGGUGAUGAGGGAGAAAAAGAGGAGAGUUGACAAGGCAGCAGAGGCGGCGGAAGCAYUAGAGGAAGUGAAAACGAUAGAACAACAAUUAGCCGCCCAACCCGAUUUCCCGAAUCAGAUGCGAGUCGUGGCUCGAAGCAUCGCGUGCCUGGCACGAGUCCAGGCAGAUCAGUAUGACUUCAGCAGGAGUCAAGAUAUAGYUGUGCGCUCGAUACGAUUGGGUUUACGGGACUUUGCGCGGGAACUGGUAGGUGCCGUUGGAGUCGAGGUGGRACAUCGCCUUGAUAAGACUGAACGAUUCUGCGCUGGCGCCAUUGAGGGCGUCAAAGCAACAGCUCCUAGGGAAGAGGAGCCGCGCCCACCACGUAGAGAACCAAUCAAAGUUAAGUUCCCGGAUUCCUAUGCUGGGAAGAGGGAAGACAACUUUGAUAACUGGGAAGCCAACGUGAAGACCUACGUGCAUUUGCAACAGGUCUCUUCGGAUCAGCAAGUCUUAAUUGCGAUCCAUGCGCUGAAAGAUAAAGCUGCCAGUUUCGCAAGGUCCUUAGUUCGCGCUGCCGACUGCAGCGACGAUCCUGUCGCGUACUCCUCAUUUACUUCUCUCACCAAAUUUUUGAGAUUACUGCGCGAGCGAUUUGCUGACGUCGCUCGCAGUGUAAAAGCUUCAGAUAAACUGCAAACCAUCCAUACUCGCAAGUGGAAAAGUGCCAGGGCGCUCAAGGGUACAAUGGACGAGUUAGUGGCCGUCCCUGAUCACAAAGUCACAGAGACCCAAUUAGUUAACCUCUUCUAUCGAGCUAUGCCCGAAGCUGGACGCAAGUGGAAAAGUGCCAGGGCGAGGGCACUUCUUCGCGAAGAGCGAAGACCCUACCACGACAUACGAUUCUCUGAGUCGUGAAGUAGUGGCCUUUGAAGCCAAGUCUGCGUCUGUGUCUACCUUCUGGCACAGAGAUCUGGAUAGAGGGAAGCCAUGGAAGGGCCGCACUAUCUC